GCCUUAAUAGCUUCAACAGAUAAUUUUGAAUAAAGGCAAGCUUGUAAAGGCAGAAGCUAAAAUGUUGACCAUAAGUCAAGUUCUUGUAGCAGUGGCUGUAUUUCUUCUAAUCACGCAGUUUUUAAAGUUGCAGCGAGUGCGGAGACGGUUUCCUCCUGGACCAGUCCCUCUCCCUGUCUUUGGGACGCUGAUACAGCUGAACUUUCAGUUUAAUCGUGAUCUCCUCAUGAAGCUGGCAAAAAUCCAUGGCAACAUAUUCACCUUAUGGUUUGGAUGGGCCCCAGUGGUUAUACUGAAUGGAUUUCAAGCAGUGAAGGAUGGCAUGACCACACAUCCUGAAGAUGUUUCUGGGAGGUUGGUGUCACCUUUCUUCAGAGCAAUGGCCAAAGGAAAAGGAAUUAUGUUGGCAACUGGUCACACCUGGAAGCAGCAGAGGAGGUUUGCUCUGAGGACUUUGCGCAACCUUGGUCUGGGGAAGAGAGGUCUGGAGCACCGAGUUCAGGAAGAAGCCCACUACCUGGUAGACUUCUUUGCAAGCAUGAAAGGGAAACCUGUGGAUCCUUCUUUUCCUCUCGUCCAUUCUGUCUCAAAUGUAAUUUGUGCUGUCGUGUUUGGACAUCGUUUCUCCAGAGAGGACGAGGCCUUUCAUGAGCUGAUUAAAGCUACAGAACAUCUCUUCAAGUUUGGGGGCAGCUUUAUUCAUCAUCUCUAUGAAAUCUUCCCCUGGCUGAUGAGCCGGCUCCCUGGGCCUCAUCAGAAGGCGUUGGCUUGUUAUGAUGUCCUGAGCAACUUCACACGGAGAGAGAUCCGAAUGCACACAGAGCGUGGGGCACCAGAGGAGGAGCUGCAGGAUUUCAUUGACUUCUACCUGGAUCACAUUGAAAAAUCCAAAGAUGAACCCAGAACAACAUUCAAUGAAGACAACAUGGUUUAUUCUAUAAAUGACCUUUUCUUGGGGGGAUCAGAGACAUCAAGCACUACUUUGAACUGGGGCCUGCUCUACAUGGUGGCAAAUCCAGACAUCCAAGAGAAAGUGCAGAAGGAGCUGGAUGCUGUUCUGGGUCCCUCCAAGUUGAUCUGCUACGAGGACCGGAGAGAACUGCCCUACACAAACGCUGUGGUUCACGAGAUCCAACGUUUCAGCAACAUUAUUUCAGUUGGCAUGCCCAGGGUGUGUGUGAGGAACACCACCUUGCUUGGCUUUCCCCUCAGAAAGGGCACCAUAGUUCUUCCAAAUAUUGCUUCAUCUUUGUAUGACCCAGAGCAGUGGGAAACACCUCGACAGUUCAACCCUGGUCACUUCUUGGAUAAGGAUGGAAACUUUGUGGCACAAGAAGCCUUUUUGCCAUUCUCCAUAGGGCACAGGGUGUGUUUGGGGGAGCACUUGGCCAGGACCGAGCUCUUCAUUUUCUUUGCCAGCCUGCUGCGGGCGUUCACCUUCCAGCUCCCCGAGGGAGUGACCAAGAUCAACACUGAGCCCAUCAUGGGGGGCACCCUGCAGCCCCACCCCUACAGGGUUUGUGCCAUUCCACGCUAGGCUGGACAUGUGCUGCAUGUCACAGACCAUCUAGGAAACAUCUUUCUUAUUUUUCUGAAUGUAUCUCUUGAGACUGUAUAAUGCUUUUUGUAUUGGAUUUGAAUUUCUGGUUCAAAAACCACCUUUUGUCUAC